AUGCGGAUCUUCAGGCAGCUCCUCUUACUGAUGAUUAUAUCCUCUCAAUGCGUUGCAGCAGCAGGCAGAAGCAUCUUUAACGAAACAUAUUCUGAAACCUUUUUGCUGAAUUGUUUCUCUUCUGAUGAUCUCGAGGAAGAAGAAUCAGACACUACUCUGAGUGAUGAGAAUAGCACUAGCAGCCUCGUUCACCGUAGCGUCAUUGUAAAUAACGAGACUGCAGCCAUCACAGUCUAUCCUGGAGAUCGACUCGUUUUGAAUCACCAAUCACCGCAAUCGGUCUCACGCUACGCUACUGACGAUUGUACCGAAUUCAGCAAUGAAAGUCUCCUCAUCAAUACCAACGUUUAUCGAUUUCAUCCGAACGAUGUCAACAAGAACUUCACCUUCGUAUGUCAGCAAGACAACACAACUGCUAGUUUUGGCUGCAAUUAUACGUUGGCUCAGACAUUUUCAAUUCAGCCUAUUCCCACUCCACGAAAAAGAUCCUGGCCCAUAGAGAAUCUCCAUCAAGUCGGACUGGGGGAGUAUAGUCUCAUGUUUCUGCUGUUAAUGGGCACACUCGGUAUGACUGCCUCUUGCAUGAAUUGUUGCAUGGAAUGGUCAGACAGACAACAGGAAAAAGCGGCGGAUGAGGUUGCCCAGGAAAUGAUAAAUGAUAAUGAUGAACAUGGCAAUGAUGAUGCUGCUGUUGAAGAGAACUCAAGCAUGGCGUCUGAAUGA